ACGCUGGUGGUCGACGCCGUCGCCUCGCUCAACGCGCUCGCCGACUCGAGGGCGGGCCAGGGGGUGCAGCUUGCACUGCCCCGCCGCAUUCCUGGGCAUGAGCUGUCGGAUUGCCAGCGCUCCAUGCUCGCCAACAUUGCCAGGAUGGUCAAGCUCUUCGACCCGCCGAUCCCGAACUCCUCCUUCGAGGGGGGCGCUUUGGCUGAGUUGGUGCGGUCUUCGUCCAUCUACGACGUGGAGGACACCUCGACCUCCGCGAGGUAUGCCCCGAGUAAGCUCAAGGUACUCGAAGGUCGCGCGCGGCCGAUCGACGCCAGGGAGCUCGUCGGCGACUACGCGCGGGAGUACCUCGACAACCCGAACUCCAAGAUCGCGCUCGACGCCGUCGCCAGAGCUGCGGUCGCCGAGCCGAUCCAGCCACGCUGGGACCCCUCUCUUCGACAGCCAGGCCCGCGCCGACGUGACCUCAUUCGACGACUCGAUGCCGUUGGGCUCCUCGCCUAUAGACGUCGUCGGCUCGGGCGCGUGGGCAUGUUCUUUGUCAAGAAGAAGGAUAAGGGCGCGAUCCGCCUCGCGUUGGAUGCCAGACCAGUCAACGAGCUCCAGAAGAGGCCGCCGAAGUCCCGUCUGGCUACUCCUGGUGCUCUCAGCUGCCUUAACCUCAGUGACCAGUGGUUCGCGCUAUGUGCCGAGGACUCUUCCCAGCUUGGGGCUUUCCCCGAGUCAGGUGGCGCCCUCGAGAAGGAGGAUGGCGGGGUCUGUAUCUCGGGGGCCGGGGUCGACCUCAAGGACGGCUUCUACAAAUUCGGGCUCCCCUCCAUGUCGUCGUGGUUCUGCCUGGGCGAGCUCUGCACCGCGAGGGAGCUCAACGUCGCGGCUGUCUUCGACGAGGACGCCGGGAGGAUGGAGCCCCUCUGCCCUGACGACCAGCUGCGCGCCUGCUUCGGCGGUCUCGCCAUGGGCCGGUCCCGGGCGCUCUUCUUCUGCCACAGCGCGCAGGAGGAGGCAGGGCGCCGAGCGACGUGCCGGGUCGGGUGCGGCGGGGCCGAGCCGCUGGCAGACUGGAGGCCCAGCCCUGCUUUCGGCCUUGGGUUUGUUGCGGUGGCGCCUUACGUCGACAACGGGAACGUCAUCGGGGGCUCGCUCGAGGCCACCGCCGCGCUCCACAAGGCGCUCACCGAGGAGCUGCGCGCCAUGGGGUUCGUCACUCACGAGAACGUCGACCCGGCCGCGGAGCUGGAGCUGGCGGGCAGGCGGAUCGAGGGAACUAGACGAUCCCUCGCGCCACGGUCGUCGCGCACGUGGCGGCCGUGGCGCGCCCUCCGCGAGCUCGAGUUCACCAGGGGCUCAGCUCCUGGCAUCGUCAGGCGGGUCGUUGGGCACAUCGUCGACCACUUUUCGACCAGGCGGGAGCUGCUCUCGACUCUGCAGUACCUGUGCCCGUUCACCGGCGACGGCCGCGGGGAGUGGAGGGAGUUUGACGCCAACGAGCUCGCCGAGAUCAGGUUCAGGGAGCUGGGGGGCGAGCGCGAGGACGACUGCGGUGCCGGCGCCCUGCCCGACGAGACCCCGGAGCUGGAGACGGGCGGGGGGGCGUUCAGCGCUUGGGCCGCCCGCGAGGUGGAGCAGGGGCUGGGUCGGCUGCGGGGGCCGCGCGUCGCCGUCAUCCCGAGCGAGUCGCAGCUGGACGACGUCGUGGAGGUUGUUGGGUUGGUGCCUGCUCUUUGCCAUGAAUGGGGCCCCCCCGAACGCUGGAGGUGCAUCCGGGCUGGGAGCUGGAAGCGCCCUGAUAAGAUCGACAACCUGGAGGCGCGUGCAGCGCCCAUGGGGCUCGCCGACCACUGCAGCCACGGUGCGAACCACAACGCCGCGCUGCUCUUCUUUGGGGACAACGGGUCGGAGAUCCUCGCCUGCGAUCGCGGACGAGCCCGAGCCUGGAAGCUGCUGGCGCUGCUCCGUUGCGGUGGCGUGGGCCAGGGCAGAGCGCGCAGGGCCGGGCUGCUGAACUUCGCGACGCUGGUCGCCUGGGCCGCCCGCUCGCCCGCGCCGAGGAGCCCUCGACGCCCGCCGAGCCGCUCUCGGCCGCCGCUCGGCGCCGGCGACUCGCCGAGGAGCCCUGCGAGAACCUCUGUGACCCUCGGGACCCCGCUCGGAGCCGGGAAGGGUCGCCGACCUUUCGGGCGCCUGAGGCGGCCCAAGGCGCCGCGGAUGACGCCCCGAAGCUGGCCGCGGCGGGGGGCGGCUGCUCGCCGCCUCCGCCACCGCGGGCUCAGACGGCGGGGCGAGGUCUACUUCCUCGAGCUCUUCGCCGGGCGCUGCCGCCUCACCGCUGGAGCUCUGGGCGGCGGACUGCGCUGUGCUGUUCCAGUCGAUCACAUCAACGCAGAGUACUUCGAUGUCACCAGGGCCCCAGUCUCCGACGCCAUCGUGCAGUGGAUCCUGUGCGGCUCGAUCUGGGCUUUCGCCUUGGGGACCCCCUGCACGCGCUGGAGCGCUUCUCGGCGAGGUGGCGAGAUGUCGGACUCGGCCGCGUCGGCCUCCGGUCUCGCCUGCGCCAAGUUCUCGUGUCGGGUGGUGCGGGCCUGCCUGGGCGCUGGCGCUCAGUUCGUCAUCGAGAACCCUCGGUCGAGCCACCUCUGGAGCUGGCCGCCGCUGGAGCGCCUGCUUAGGCGUGCUGCUGCCGUUCGCGUGGAGCUGGACAUGUGCGCCUUCGGCGCAGCAUGGAAGAAGCCGACCCUGCUCGUGGGGAACCUGCAAGGCCUUGAGCGCAUGGAGGCCAGGUGCCCCAGGCACGCGCGACACGUCGUGCUGCAAGGAGUGCUGCGGGGCGCCGCCCCGCCCGCCGCCUGGAGGAAGGAGGGCGAGCCCCGCCUUGAUCAGCGGCGGGAGGAGCACUUGGCAGCCUGCCUCAGCCAGAAGGUCAACCGCUUCGUCCAUGUGGACCCCCUCCCGGCCAAGGCCUGGCCGCAGCCGAACGCCGAGCUGCGGGUCAGCGACGCCGGCAUCACGCUGAGGACGGGCCUGGGUUUCUACGUCGCCUGGCGGUGGGACGGCGCUGCGGUGAGCGCUGCGCGCUAUGCCCUCUACGGCGUCGCCUGGACCUUGGACUUGCCGAUCAAAGCCCCCAGCUGCUUUGCUCUGGCCAAGGCCACGCUGCGCGCCUUCUCUCGACGGGCGCCAGAGAAGCCCAGGGGUCCACCGUGCGAGGAGAUGCUUUGGCUGUUCGUCGAUUUCUUCAUCAAGCACGAGCUGUGCCUCGUCGGUUUCUUUGCGCUGCUGGCCUGCGGCUGCUGUCUCAGGCCGUCCGAGGCGAUCGAGCUCUGCAAGGAGGACCUGUGCCCGCCCGCGCAGGGCGCCUCGAUCCAGAAGUGGAGCAUCGCGGUUGCUCCCUCGACCAGAGACAGGCCAGCCAAGAACAGGCAGUUCGACGCCGGCGUGGUGGCCGCCUGGCAAGAUCGUCGCUGGAUGGGGCCCCUGCUCAAGACCAUCUUCGAGCAGACGAAGCCAGGCGAGCUGCUGUUCAGAGGCCUCGCGCUGGCGGCCGUCGAGAAGGCCUUCAAACAAGCCUCCGACCACCUGGGCUAC